AAAUCACAACUCCCACAUACAUCCAACUCAUGGCCGGCCACCCUCACAUGCUACCAAAUUCCAACACUACCUCCCACCCCCACCACCCCUUUAUAUGACACAAUUUCAUCAAAUCAGACACAAAAUCACCUUCUGCAACUGUGCUUCUAAACCCUCAUUGUAGUCUCCCCUCUUCAAAAGUCUACUUGUGUUACAUCAUUUUCGGAAAAACUAAAGCUGUUUUGCCCUUAAACCAUCAUACCUAUUUUAUCAAUCUUUAGGAAAAUACGAUGAUGAUCAGUCUAUUUUUCUUAGAUUUUUACCCAGAUUUCUCUCUACAAAUAUUGUUUCAUAUCCCGAUAUUCCCAGAACACAGAGGUACCACUUUUUAGUCUGGUCGCCAUCGUUCUUUCUCUCUCUUUCUCUCCCUUUGUUUCUCUCUUCCCCUUCUGAUGCAGUUCACUGAAACUCUUCCAGCUCCCCCACUCCAUCUCACCACUAAACCAUGCCAAAACUUCACUCCUAUGAACCCAAACCAAAUCCAUCGUACGCGACCCUGGCCGGGAUUUCCAGCGCCUAAUAAGGCGCUUGGAACCUUCGGGGAUGCCAACUGCAUGGAGCAGUUGCUUGUUCGUUGUGCUAAUGCAAUCGAAAGUAAUGAUGCUACUCUCUCUCAACAAAUCUUGUGGGUUCUUAACAACAUCGCGCCUUCCGAUGGGGAUUCCAAUCAAAGACUCACAUGUGGCUUCCUACGAGCCUUGAUUGCUCGAGCUGCCAAAACCGGAACCUGUAAGAUGCUUACAGCUGCCCUCUCGAAUUCCAAUAUCACCAUCCAAACGCAUAAGUUUUCCAUUAUUGAGCUUGCGAGCUUUGUUGACUUGACGCCAUGGCAUCGGUUUGGUUUCACAGCUGCCAACGCCGCCAUACUUGAAGCAGUGGAAGGAUACUCGACUGUUCACAUCGUCGAUUUGAGUCUGACACAUUGCAUGCAAAUCCCUACUUUGAUUGACGCCAUGGCUGGGAAAUUAGAAGGUCCACCGGUCGUCAAGCUCACGAUAGCUGGAGCCACGGAGGAUGUUCCUCCGAUGCUGGAUCUGUCAUACGAUGAGCUUGGGAUUAAGUUAGUAAACUUUGCUCGUUCAAGAAACAUAAUCUUGGAUUUCAAUGUAAUUCCUUCGAGUUCUUCGGAUGGAUUCUCUUCGUUAAUCGAACAUCUGAAGCUUCAAAACCUAGUACAUGGAAACGAGACUAACGAAGCACUCGUAAUAAACUGUCACAUGAUGCUUCAUUACAUACCAGAAGAAACCCCAACAGCAACGACGUCGACGACUCCCUUUUCUUUCGAAGACGCAACCCCACGAGCUUUAUUCUUGAAACAAAUCCGAAGUUUGAAUCCAACCCUCGUAGUUUUAGCAGAUGAAGAUGCAGAUUUCACUUCAAAUAACUUGGUUUGCAGAUUAAGGUCAGCUUUUAAUUACUUAUGGAUCCCAUACGACAUAGUCGACACUUUUUUACCAAAAGGAAGCAAACAACGACAGUGGUACGAGGCUGAUAUUGGUUGGAAGAUCGAGAAUGUUAUAGCCCAUGAAGGGUUACAUAGAGUUGAGCGACUUGAGCCACGAGCAAGAUGGGUUCAGAGGAUGAGAAAUACAGGGUUUCGAGGGGUUGGAUUUGGAGAAGAUAUCGUAACAGAAGUGAAAGGGAUGCUGGAUGAACAUGCGGCUGGAUGGGGGUUGAAGAAGGAAGAAGAUGAUCUUGUUCUUACUUGGAAAGGACAUAAUGUGGUUUUUACAACUGCUUGGGUACCAACUUAAUUUGAUUUUAAAAUGACUUAUAAUCUUCUUUAAUUUCUUUUUCUUUUCAUUUUGGUGAGUAGAUUUAAGUGUAGUUGGUAGGUUGUCGAUUCAAGAAGGUGUUGGUUACUGUUUUUAGGCUAAUAAUUAACAUAUCUAAUGAUCAUAUAUCAGAUAUUAGUA